AUGGACUCCCAAGGCAGCCAAUCGACGAAGAAGCGGAGACUGGAUGAUGGAAACGAAGCUAGUCAAGCCGGAAAAGAUGGCGGCAGUUCACUCGGCUUGUCUCGGGGUGGUUUCCGCCCUCGGACCAUCGAGUUCGACCAUGAAGCCUCCUGCAGUGAGUCCGUAUCUCACUUCACACUCGAGAUCUGGGCGACGGAUGCAGAAGGUGUUGAGCAUAAAAUUGGGAAUAUUCGGGACGGCAGGAAGUACACUGGAGCCGAGAAAGUCAAGGUCAUCGCAAAGGACGGCGACACCCCGCAGUUGGCGGACCCCAGUUAUUUGCAAGUAUUCGAACGCCAGGAGGAGGAGAAGGCUCGCCAAGAGGAGAAGAAGGCUCUUCGAGAGAAAACACUUGCCCUUGAGGCUCUUCAAGCGAGAAGAAGGGCCCUGCAAGAGAGUGAGAGAGCCCUCCAGUAUGAGGAAGAUGCUCUCCAGGAGAAGAUCAAGUUUCUCCAAGAGAAGCAGACUAGCCAUGUCGAGUCUGAGCCCUGGGUGGUCAUGAUGAUCAGCGAUGCGGAUGCCAAGGUUUGGCACUCUCAUACACCAACUCCUGCUCCAGGAGUUUGGUAA